GACUACCGGAUCCCGAUGCCAGUUAGUUUUAUGUUAUUGAAUAUUCUCACAUAAAACAGUCAAUUCUAAAAUGCGCAGUCAGUAGGCGGUAAAGGGACUUUAUAACGAGUAGCGCAAAUAACGGAUAUUCCCAAUUUAUUUAAAUGGCGUCUGAGAAUGAAGAGGAAAGUGCGAGUAGCGUUUCAUGGAGGCUAAUAGGCCCAGCCUCUGAGCUUUCCAAGAAGCAGUGCCGUUUGAUGCACUCCUCCCUCGGCUACGGCUCCGAUGUUUGCCUGUUCUACGUGAAAGGGGAAUUCUUCGCCAUGGAUGCUCGCUGCGCUCACUCGGGUGGUCCGCUGUGCGAUGGAGACAUUGAGGAUGCAGAUGGUCUUCUGCAGGUCUUCUGCCCCUGGCAUGACUAUGACUUUAACCUCAGGACAGGACAAUCAGGGACUGGUUUACAGCAACAAGUGUACAAAGUCAAAUUGGAGGAUGGCAGUGUGUAUGUGAAGCACGCAAGCCCUCUCUCAUUACAGACCUUCCCAUCCAGCAAGAAGAGCUGA